AAGGGUCAGAAGUUGUUGGCUUGUAAAUUGCAUACUAUAGAUAGAGAAGCACUGGAGUAAAUGUGCAUGAGCUACAAAGGCAUUGAUCUAAUUACACCAAAUAAAUUUCUGCAGCCAAGUUAGCAAAAACUGCUGAUCUUAGUUGAGAUCAAAUUGAAGACACAUCUUCUCCUAUCAAUUUUGAGGGUCCCCAAGUUUGAAACCAAUCAAAACCACCACGUGUUUGACAAGUGGCUUCCAUUUGUUGAUCUUAUUAGGCUUUUUUCUUCUUCCACUUGCUAAUUAUGUGACAUGAUAGAUUGAGACUGCUCUAAAUAAAUGAGGUUUAUGACUUUUUUGCAUGAACAAAAUACAUUCCAUUUCUUUUGCUAGUCUUAGUCACUUGGGUGCUUCUUUAUCUUUAACAUAUUGGGUUUGAGUGGGAGGUCAGUUUUGGAUUGCAAUCCUCAAAACCCUGGUGUGUUCUUGUAGUCUGUUCUGUACUGAACCCUUUUCUGUAUUUGUUUGAGCAGGAAAUAUAGAAAACUUUGAAAUGUUAUACCUUUUUUGAUGGUUUUUCCAUUGACCCACACAUUUGAUAUGUUUAGGCCAUUUUAAGAAUGAUAUCUGCAGAAAUUGAAGUUUUAUCUGACAUGUCUUCUUUGUUUUCUUUAUAUAUGAUUGUAGUGGGUCUUGUCACUCAUAUGUUGGUCUCUGAUUAUCUGACUCAAGCAACUCAUUGAAGCCACAUAUUUGUCUUACUUUGAGUAAAUAGUUUUGGUUAGUAUAAUUCUGGGAACUAUCAUUUGAAUUCUCUAUUACCCGAUUUUGCUUUUCAGAUAUUUAGCAUGGCUUCUAAGUAAUAUCAGAAGUUAUUAUAGAAAUAUGCUGUAGGUAUGCAGAAAAUGCUUUCUUCCUCUUUGGUUUCUUCUGCCCCGAAAGAAGCUUCACACAAUGACGAACUCUUCAUGAAGCAGACAGUUCUCUUCUCAGAGAAUCUGAAUGAAUUGAAGAAUCUGAGGAAACAGUUGUAUUCAGCAGCCGAAUAUUUUGAAAUAUCCUACAGCAAAGAAGAUCAGAAACAAUUUGUGGUGGAGACCUUGAAAGAUUAUGUCAUCAAAGCAGUUAUCAAUACAGUGGACCACUUGGGUUCAGUGGCAUACAAAGUCGAUGGAUUUUUGGAUGAAAAAGUCAGUGAAGUUUCAGAACCUGAGCUUAGGCUCUCUUGCCUUGAACAGCGACUGAGGACAUGCCGAGACUUUAGCACUCAAAGAGGCUUAUUCCAACAUUCCUUUGCCAUAAACUUUCCUAAGCACCAUAAGCGAUAUAUCUUGCCAGGUGGAGCAACCACUCAUACUGUUGGCCAGUCUGCAUUGAUAUAUCAUAAUGCUCAAGGGGACUUGUCUGGGACUAAUACUGCAACAACAAGGGAGACCUCUCCAACAGUUGUCAGUGAAGAGUAUUCAUUAAUGCAUUCUCCAGAAUCUUCACCUGGAGCAUUUCAGUUCACAAGAAUCGGAUCCAAACAUGAGAAACGAACAGUCUCACCACUUAGGUUUCCAAUUCCACGGUGUGGCUCUGUUAAGAGAUCAAGCACUCUGAACUCUUCUUCUAGUGCCAAACUACGGUACCCAUCGGAGCCUCGGACUAGGAGAUCAGCUUCGUUAUCCCUUUAUAAUGAAGGAGACAGGACUAAAGACAUUGAAGUGGAUUCAAGCAAAAAUAAACGAUUCUAUAAGGCCUUACUGAGCAUGGGCAAAUCUAGAAAUGAUACUGCAUUGUACAAAUAUUUGGAUAAGAACUAAAACAACAAAACACAGCAGGAUGUUUUGAAGGCUUUGGUCAUUAUUCAUCAACAGUUUUUCCGUUGGCUUUCACCAAAGUAAAGACUGAAUGAAAUAAUCUAAGCUACUUCUAUUUCCGAAUCAACAGAACCAAAGGAUCUAGAGAUUUAUCAUUCAUA